AUGGAUGGUCUAAAUGAACUUGAAAAGCUCGAAUAUCUCUCUCUCAUUUCUAAAAUCACCAGCGAACUUUUCAAUCACACUGGUCUCAAUGACAAAACUCUUGCCGAGUUUGUAAUAAACCUUCAUGAACAGAAUCGUUCGCUGCCGGAAUUUAAAAAAGUUCUGAACGAAGCAGGAGCAGAAUUUCCUGAAUCCUUCAUUGCAAAUCUGGAUCGUUUAAUACUUAAAAUGAAUCCAAAGUAUAAAAAAAAAGGCGACGCUAAUGGUGAGACUAAAUCAGAAACAUACAAUCCAGACGAAAAGGCGAGACUAUUUCCUGGUUUGGCGAUGCCUAAUGAUACCGAAUGGCAAAAAACAAGAGAAGAAGACACAAAAGUUGCUGAUACGACCCUUGCACAACUAGAGAGCAUAGAGAGUAUGAUCCGAUCAAAGAAGCUAGAGGUUAUGGAACGGGAUGGCAAACAGCAAAAGCGCAACAGGAGCAGAAGUUCGAGCAGAAACAGAAGUAGAGAACGAGGUAGAAUACGGCAGCGAAAUAAUUACUCGGAUCGUGAACGGGGGGGCUAUGAAAGAAAUCGAAGAGAAAGCUACAUUGACGAGAGUCCAAUUUUAUAUAAAAUAUAUAACGGUCAAGUGACUAAUAUGAAAGAAUUCGGUGCCUUUGUCUGUUUGGAUGGAGUAAAAGGAAGAGUUGAAGGGAUGGUUCAUGUGAGCAUGCUUCAAGCGGGCGGACGAGUAAACCACCCAUCAGAUGUUGUAUCUCGAAAUCAACGCGUAAAGGUCAAAGUUAUGUCUAUUAUUGGAUCACGGAUAAGCUUAUCAAUGAAGGAUGUAGACCAAGAGACGGGAAAAGAUCUUUCUCCGCAUCUACGUGUGAAGACUGAAGCGGAGCUUGCAGCUGAAGCAAGCCGUAAUCCUGAGAAACCUUUGUCUCUUGCUCAGACUCCUAUAUUAGAAGAAGACGAAGAUACAUCAAGGUACAAACGCCUCUCAUCACCCGAACGCUGGGAAAUCAAACAACUUAUAGCGUCUGGUGUACUUAAAGCGUCGGACUAUCCUAAUUUUGACGAAGAACAUGGUGUAAUGGAUAACAUGGAAACUGAGGAAGAAUUGGAUGUUGAAAUCAGAGAAGAAGAACCACCGUUUCUUAGGGGUCAGACGAAGCAUUCUAUGCAAUUGAGUCCUAUCAAAGUCGUAAAAGCACCUGAAGGAACAUUAAACCGUGCUGCUCUAUCUGGUGCCGCGCUUGCAAAAGAACGAAGAGAAUUAAGGCAACAACAAGCGAAUGCCGAGUUAGAUUCUGUUUCUCGUGAUGUUAAUACAGCUUGGCUAGAUCCUAUGCCUGAACCCGGUGAACGGCAUUUUGCGCAAGAUUUGCGUAGCAUUGCCGCUGGUCGUAAAGCAGGCGAAGUACCGGAAUGGAAGAGAGAAACGUUUAACAAAGCCACAAGUUUCGGCAAAAUCACAAACAUGUCAAUCAAAGAGCAAAGAGAAAGUCUGCCUAUCUUCAAGCUACGGUCGCAAUUGAUUCAGGCUAUUUCGGAUAAUCAACAAUUGAUUGUAGUUGGCGAUACAGGUUCGGGCAAGACAACACAGAUGACUCAGUACAUGUACGAGGAAGGGUUUGCAAAUAGUCGGAAAAAAAUCGGUUGUACUCAACCACGUCGUGUGGCCGCUAUGUCCGUAGCCAAGCGUGUGGCGGAGGAAGUCGGUUGUCGUCUUGGCGAGGAAGUAGGAUACACAAUUCAAACUCUCAAAAAACGUCCCGAACUUAGGGUAAUAGUCACGUCCGCAACGCUCGAUGCAGAAAAGUUUUCGAAAUAUUUCUUUGGCUGUCCUAUAUUCACUAUUCCUGGCCGUACCUACCCUGUCGAAAUAUUGUAUACGAAAGAGCCGGAAUCUGAUUACCUGGACGCAGCGCUUAUUGCGGUUAUGCAAAUUCACUUACAAGAACCACCAGGAGAUAUUCUUCUUUUCCUGACCGGUCAAGAAGAAAUUGAAACUGCUUGUGAAAUUUUGUAUGAACGUAUGAAAGCUCUUGGUCCUCAAGUUCCUGAUCUCAUAAUUCUGCCAGUGUACUCUGCAUUACCUGGUGAAAUGCAAUCUCGUAUAUUUGAACCAGCACCUCCAGGCAGUCGUAAAGUUGUCAUUGCUACGAAUAUUGCGGAAACAUCAAUUACUAUCGAUGGCAUCUAUUAUGUUGUCGAUCCUGGCUUUGUUAAGCAGAAUGCUUAUGAUCCUAAAAUUGGUAUGGAUUCAUUAAUUGUAACGCCGAUUUCUCAAGCACAAGCAAAUCAACGUGCUGGACGUGCUGGGCGUACUGGGCCCGGAAAAUGCUAUCGGUUAUAUACGGAAGCUGCCUUCCGCAACGAGAUGCUUCCGAAUCCCGUUCCUGAAAUUCAACGGACAAAUUUGGCCCAUACGGUACUUACACUCAAGGCUAUGGGGAUAAAUGAUCUGCUUCAUUUCGACUUUAUGGACCCGCCUCCUGUACAAACGCUUCUUACUGCAUUAGAACAGUUAUACGCUCUCUCUGCUUUAGAUGAUGAAGGUUUAUUGACAAGAUUAGGUCGAAAAAUGGCAGAAUUUCCAUUGGAACCGCCUCUCUCCAAAGUGUUAAUACUUUCGGUCGAUCUUGGUUGUUCUGAAGAGAUUCUUACCGUUGUUGCAAUGUUGUCAGUUCAGAAUGUCUUCUACAGACCGAAAGAGAAGCAGGCGGCAGCUGAUCAAAAAAAAGCCAAGUUUCAUCAGCCUGAAGGAGAUCAUCUAACUCUUUUGACUGUCUAUAAUGCGUGGAAGGCUAGCAAAUUUUCCAACGCAUGGUGUUUCGAGAAUUAUAUUCAGUCUAGAAGCAUGCGUCGUUGCCAGGAUAUCCGCAAACAGUUACUGGGUAUUAUGGAUAGGUAUAAACAAGACAUCAUUUCCUGUGGGAAGAAUUACAAUAAGGUUAGGCGAGCAAUAUGUGGUGGCUUUUUCCGUCAUGCUGCUAAAAAGGAUCCUCAGGAAGGAUACAAGACUUUGGUUGAGGGUACGCCGGUAUAUAUACAUCCAUCCAGUGCACUGUUCAACAAAGGACCGGAAUGGGUGAUCUAUCAUGAAUUGGUCCUGACUACUAAAGAAUACAUGCGAGAAGUUACCGCUAUUGAACCGAAAUGGCUUACUGAAGCAGCGCCUAAAUUCUUCAAAGUGGCAGAUGCCAAUACUAUUAGUAAACGCAAGAGAGGUGAAAAGAUUCAACCACUAUACAACAAGUACGAAAAACCGAACGAAUGGCGUCUCAGUCGCGUCAAAAGGCAUCAGAGAGUAUCACAAACAUUUGGAUAA